ACAGUUGUCUGUUUGGCAAACGCGUUGGUCUCAUGCGUGUCAUCGAGGAAAUUGGUAUUCUUGCCUUUAAACUCCUGUUGAUCCUGAGCUGCUGAAGUGUCUUAAUCUUGCAAAAUUAUAUUUAACACAAUUUACACUAGUCUAUACAUAUUUUGUGUGUGGUGUAUGUAUGCAGUCUAAACUGCAUACAUACACAUAGACCAUUUCCUGGUUGAAUUAUUUACUGUAAAUGCCUGGAGACAUUUUGAUUAUGUAAGUAACAGCAGUGAGACUUCUAUUUAGUUUUGCUUCGGGUCGUAGCUUAAACUCUGGAGCUGAAGUUUGUACUUCCUGAUGGGGGACAGUAUGUAAUCAUAUCCGCCACCGGGACGAUAUGAAUGGGUCAAGCAGACGAGGUUAACUCAAUACGUUUGGAUUAUUUCUGCUACAUUUUUACAUGUUCAUCUGUAGAGCUCUGGCAGACAGACGUUGAGUUGGGGCUGAGUGUUAUUAUGAGAUGUUGCCUCUCAGUGCCUCCUUCGUGCAAAUCAAGUUUGAUGACAUCCACUUCUACGAGAACUGCGGCGGCGGCAGCUUCGGGAGCGUGUACCGAGCCAGGUGGAUACCUCAGGACAAAGAGGUGGCGGUGAAAAAGCUGCUCAAGAUCGAAAAUGAGGCUGAAAUCCUCAGUGUACUAAGCCAUCGGAACAUCAUUCAGUUUUAUGGGGCGAUCCUUGAAGCACCCAACUAUGGAAUCGUCACUGAUUAUGCCAGUGGAGGGUCCCUGUAUGACUAUCUGUCCAGUGCAGAGAGUGAGGAGAUGGACCAGGAACAGGUCAUGACUUGGGCCAUGGAGAUUGCCAAAGGCAUGCACUAUUUACACUCAGAGGCCCCGGUCAAGGUUAUCCACAGAGACCUGAAGUCCAGGAAUGUGGUUGUGACGGCAGACAGAGUUCUUAAGAUCUGUGAUUUUGGGGCGUCCCGGUUCCACUCCCACACCACACACAUGUCCCUGGUAGGCACGUUCCCCUGGAUGGCCCCGGAGGUCAUCCAGAGCCUGCCCGUGUCUGAGACCUGUGACACCUAUUCCUACGGCGUGGUUCUGUGGGAGAUGCUCACCCGGGAGAUUCCCUUUAAAGGCUUGGAGGGUUUACAAGUCGCCUGGCUGGUGGUGGAGAAGAGUGAGAGGUUAACCAUUCCCAGUAGCUGCCCAGACAGUUUCGCUGAGCUGAUGAGGAAGUGCUGGGUGACUGAUCCCAAGGAAAGACCCAUGUUCAAACGUAUCCUUACAACCUUGGAGACCAUGUCCAAUGACAGCAAGCUUCCAGAGCAGUGCAACUCCUUCCUACACAACAAGGCAGAAUGGAGCUGUGAGAUCGAGGCCACACUCGAGAGACUGAAGAAGUUGGAGAGGGAUCUGAGCACCAAAGAGCAGGAACUGAAGGAGAGAGAACGUCGCCUGAAGAUGUGGGAGCGCAAGCUCAUCGAGCAGUCCAACACCCCGCUCCUUCCCAACCUUCAUAUUCAUUCCUGGACAGAGGAACAUGUGUACUUUUGGAUGCAGCAGAUAUUUGGGGCGGAAGAGGGGGCAUAUGGCAUGCAGCUGUAUGGUGACCUGUUUAAGGAAAACCACAUCACUGGCAAGAGGCUGCUGCUGCUCACGGAAACAGACAUGCGAGACCUGGGGGUCAGGUCCAAAGGUCACAUCAUGCACCUCAAGAGUGAAAUUGAGAAGCUAACCAAUGACUACAUUGGGCUCUUCCACUUCCCUCCACUAAUGAAGGAUGCGUGGGCAGAGGAGGAUGAGGAGGAGGAGAGGAGGAAGAUUGUUCAUCUGGAGCUGGUGUUUGGGUACCACUGGAAAGCAGGAAAAGGUCACUCGGACUGCAAAUGGAAAAUGUACAUGGAACUUGACGGAGAUGAAGUUGCAAUAACGUACAUCAAGGAUGUGACCUUUGAUGCCAACAGACAGGAUGUGGAUGUCCUGAAGAUGACCAAGCCCCCAUUUGUGAUGGACAAAUGGGUAGUUGGACUACGGGACAAUCAGGUUGUUGACUGCAUUGUUAAUUAUGAGAAUGAUGUGAGAUCACCAAGGUCUACGCGAUAUAGCCAUGCAGUGAUGUGGAACCCCACCAGUGGACGAGAUGAGAUCAAGACUGUGGAGCUGCUGAUAGAAACAACCCAGUUGAACAUAGAAGGGAACCCCAGAAGCAGAUCAGACUCAAAAGAUGUGGAUCCCAGAUGGAUGUACAAUCUGAGACAGAGGCAGUUGAAGAACCAGUCAGCAGCAGAGCAGCAUGGUGCCCGGACCCCCACCGGUGGCUCAGAGACCUGCACCCUGUCUCAGUUCCUGUCUGCGUAUGGAGACCAGGCCUCUUCCUACGCUGCAGCAGUGCGGAGGUCUCCCAACCACAGCUCCCUCUCUCCCUGGUGCUCCCGCAGCUCAUCCCCCACCACCGGCCUGUCCACCAUGCUCUCCCCCCUCUACCUGGGGUCAAAGGGCAGCAGCCCCUCCAGCACCACCUCAGAGAGCGCAUUGGAGCGUGAACGCCCGCUCAGUGCUGGGGCAGUGCAAGGUUACCGCAGGCACAGCAGCUACUUUAAAAACUCAUUGACUGUGACAGGGGGCCACAACAAAGGUGCAUGGUCCAAUACAAGGGGAAACUUCACACAGAAUAAGUCUAGCAGAACCUCACAGCAAACAGGGAGGCCUCGGUCCCAUAGUUACAGUGUAGUAGCUCAGAACCGGCCCAGGGUGAUACCGGGCAUAUCACCAGCGGUGGAAAACCCGAGUACAGAGCAAGAGGGGGCUAAAGUCAGUGAGGGGGGAUGGAUCAAAGUGGAGCGCCAGAAAAGGUUACCGCGACAGGACAAUAAACAGGUCAGAGGAAGACCGAGGAGAGGGGGUAGAGGUGGCUGUAGUGUUCGAAGCUGAGGAUCAUUUGCUGUUUGAAACUGUUUACAUGUCUGAAUAGACUGGACAGCAGGUUUACUUUGAAAAUUAUCCUUCACACUACUUCAAAAAUAUACAUUUUUAAACGUUCUCUCGAGGGAUCUUUUUAGGAGUCAUUUGAGCUUGUGAGAAUUGUGAUUUAGGGAAUGCACACAAUUCAGUCUUUUACGGCUGAAUUCUGAAUUGUACUGUAUGCACUCAAAUAUAUUCUAUAUUUAACAUGUAAGCCUACAUAUAAUGUGUAGUUGUAUAUGUGAACUGUUUUAUAUAAGGCUAUUGUAAAUUGUAUUGACUACAUUGUUGUAAUAUUUCUAUUUAUGAGAGGUAAUUGUGCCUUUUAUUACAAUAUAGAAAAGUUAAUGUACGUAAUAUAUGUUUUAUAUAGGUUUUAACUAUAUGUAGGGUUUAAAAAAAAGAAACAUAUAUGAAGUUCAUACGCUUCUCUUAUUAUCCAAGAACACGACCACCACACCUGGUGGCAAGGACGCGGGAGUUUUUCUAUAAACCCGCCCCUUUAUGCACAGUUCUACGCUAUGAUUUCGCGCCAGGGCGUAGCACUUGAAAGGUUACACGUUUGUGGAUCAGUAUAUGACAUAAUAUUUUCAAAUAUUUGUAAAAUAAAAAUGUGUUGAAGAGCCGUAUUUAAAAAUAUAUAUGUUUGCUAAUUUGUUGUCGCAGAUUUGUGUGUUAUAUUUUCCUUUUAGCUCUUAUUAAAAAAAAAAGUUUAUAUACCUUUUAGGACAUUUUCCUGCGCGGGAAAUUUCUCUGCCCCAUCUGCAAGUGUUUCUCUGCAUUCAUUAAAGGACUGAAGAAGCGUGAA